AUGCCUUUAAAAUAUUAUUAUAUUGUUCUAAUUGGUUGCACUCCUGGGGUUUAUAGCACUUUAGAAGAAUGUUAUAAACAAGUAAACAACAUUACAUUAUAUUAUAAAAAAUUUUUAACAAUAAAAGAAGCAAAUAAAAAAUAUGAAAAAUAUCAAUUAAAAGUUAAAAGAAAGAAAGAAAAACUAAAUUCUAAAAACAAAAUAGUUAUUUAUACAGAUGGUUCUUAUAAAGAUAAUCAAAAAGAAUCUUAUGCUAGAAUUGGAGUUUAUCACAAAGAUGGAAGUAAAGAAAUUGCUGAACCUUUAACUGGAAACUUACAAACUAACAAUUAUACAGAACUAUAUGCUAUAAUUAAAGUAUUAGAAACAUGUGAAGAUCCAAUCAAAGUAAUUGAGAUUAAAACAAAUAGUUGUUUUGUUGUUAAUUCUAUUGAAACAUGGAUUUAUAAAUAG